UGAGUAACCCCUCCAGACAGACAGUGGUUUACUGCUAUUGUUUUGUUGCUUGCUAUGUCUGAAGCUGGACUUGGAAUUUGGCUUACCUCCCCUGAGCAAUUGAUAGAUCUUAGCCUCCAGGUGGGCAGGUGGUCCUAGUUCUUAUACCCGCCUCAACUCCUGUGAUGGUUACUGAGCACUAAUCAAUGUGCCAAAGGAGGGCAAAGUCUAGGAUAAGGCUUAGGUCCCCGUCACUUGAGCUGGAGUCCUUAGACGCUUAAGUCUUUAAAGGCAUGAUUUCACAGAGCAGUGCAGCCAGUCUCCGGAUCGGGCCUCGGGAAAAUCUGCUCCCUCAUGGACGAGGUGGAUAUUGAGACUUCCAGCUGCCCUCUGGGACUGGAGACUGACACAUCUUGAUAAUCAGUGUACCUGCCUCGGACAACCUAGCCUCCGUGCGGUGCGUCUUGGGAGUUGUAGUUUUCUGGUUAGUCGAGGGUUCUCCUGUGCUACUUGGAGAGUGGCGAACUACAUAACUCCACCCCCACCCCGCCUCCGUCAGGCUGCGGUCUCAGCUGAGUUCAACCCCAGACUCUCAGGCCUGGUAGGGGCGGGCUUAUGCACGUGGAAGCACGUGGAUUGGGCCUUGGUGUCGUGGGCGGGAUCGCGCAUGCUCGUUUGGGUAGUGGGCCUGGAGCACAUCAAGAUGUCGACCACGACGGUUCCGGAGCUGAAGCAGAUCAGUCGGGAGGAAGCAAUGCGCUUGGGGCCCGGCUGGAGCCAUUCAUGCCACGCCAUGCUGUACGCCGCCAACCCCGGGCAGCUUUUCGGGCGUAUCCCCAUGCGUUUCUCAGUGCUGAUGCAGAUGCGCUUCGACGGGCUGCUGGGCUUUCCCGGGGGGUUCGUGGACCGGCGCUUCUGGUCGUUGGAGGAUGGCUUGAACCGGGUGCUGGGCCUGGGCCUGGGCGGCCUACGCCUUACCGAAGCUGAUUACCUGAGCUCGCACCUGACUGAGGGUCCACACCGUGUGGUGGCACACCUGUACGCAAGGCAGCUGACACUGGAACAGCUCCAUGCUGUGGAGAUCAGCGCUGUGCACUCGAGGGACCAUGGUCUGGAGGUCCUGGGCCUUGUACGUGUCCCACUGUACACACAGAAGGAUCGAGUAGGAGGCUUCCCUAACUUUCUGAGCAACGCCUUUGUCAGCACUGCCAAAUAUCAGCUCCUGUUUGCCCUUAAGGUACUCAACAUGAUGCCCUCGGAAAAGCUGGCUGAGGCCUUGGCCUCAGCCACAGAGAAGCAGAAGAAGGCCCUAGAAAAGCUGCUCCCGGCCUCAUCCUGAGAUGGUUCCUGUGCAGGUCCCUGCCCUCCCUCGGCUGUCUGCCCACAGGCCCUGGAAUUCCCGAGAAGCGUGCCUUCUAGUGUGUUUGAUUUUGCAUCCCUUCUGACUGCAAGGGACAGGCAGGCAGCUUUCAUCAUCACUGUCCCACGCAGUCCCUGGGACCUAGCUACCCUCUCAGGUUGGUCAGUGGGGUGGGCCUGGGCCUAGCUUUUCAAGCUGAAGAUAUUCUCACCCAUCCCAGGGCUCAAAACUGUCCUUUGUGAGUAUGUACAUGACUGGCGGAGUCCCAGCUAAAGCCCAUUCUCAUUCUUCCAAGGCAACCACUUGGUUGGUACACAGAUCCUGGACUGGUCAUGGGUUUUGUCCAAUAGAGACAACCCAAGUUAGAUCAGUCCUUCCUGCCCUUAUCCCAGAACCUGAUCCAGCUUGGGGUAAGAUGUUCAUUUGGGUGUUUGUUGGAUUUCUCUGUUAGGUUUUUUCCUUGGUGUAUGAACUGUGGGUUGGUUUCAGAAUGGCUCUGCCCACAUGGUUUGUUUUCCCCAUGGGGGCUUGGGCUCAGCUGUGGACCUGAGGAAGGAUGAAGACAAUAAAGCCAUUCCUCUGA